CCACCUGCUGUGGUGUAUGGACAUAUUUUUGUUUUCUAUGUGUCUAACAAUUACGAAGUGGAUAACUAAUGAAAGAAAAGUAUUUUAUUUCUAUGAGCUUCAAAUACAUCUGUUUCCCCCCAAUGUGCACCAUGAACCAUUGCAGGAAAUCUUCAGAUGCAUGGGAAUAAUCCUCAAGAACACCACUGCCAUUUCAUCAUUGGCAUUGUCAUACUAUGAGAGAGAAGAUGUACUUGUCAUCAGUAGGAAGAGAACUUUCAAGACUAAUAAGUUCAAAUUUAUGUUGCAGAAAGUUAAAAGCAGUACCUAUCGACAUGUCCAGCAUGGUGUUUGUGUAAAAGAAAAAACUUUGCCAAUCAACAAGUGCUGCUGAGUAGUGUACUGCCAUCAUACCUUUCUCUGGUGCCAAAAUUAAUUGUAUGUUUAUGCAGUGGUGAACGCUCCUUGGAUGGUGACAUGGAGAGAAAGUACAUAAUUAUUAUUUAAAUGUUAUAUAAUUGUAUGUUUUAUAAUCUUUCAUUAUAUUAAUUAUCAAUGUCUUUUUUGCAUUUUAUGAUUGGAAUAUUGUUUUCAUCACAAUGGAGGAGAAGCAGAUAUAUGGUAUGCAUAAACCAAAGAGGAUUAACUGGAGAAUUAAUAUCAAGAAGACUGAAGAGAAUGACUUGAAGCCAGCUCUUGUUCCCAAGAAUAAUUUGAAUGUGAGAACUUUCCUGGAGGAAAGGAGGACAUCUAUGUUCAACGAAGAAUGGAAUAGAUGUAAAGUUCUGAAUAAAUUGCAAAAGAUAAUGAGAUUGUGCCCUGCCUACAACAACACUUUUGUCUUCAGGUGCAAAAGGUAUGUUAGCAUACAGCAACAUGACAUCAGCUUGGCGACUAUUGGCAAGAAGUGGUGAAGAUUUUCAGUGUCUCCGAUGUGGAAAAACAUAUAUGCACAAAGGCACUCUUAGUCGUCAUGUCCAAUAUGAAUGUGGCACAGUUCCACGAUUCACUUGCAGAAUAUGUGGAGCAAGAAACAGACGUCGUUAUGGUCUUACAAAUCAUCUCAUCAUGGUACAUGGUGUGCAGAAGAAACAAGCUGAAUUGAAUAUAACAGAAAAAUAUAUAGAAAAGACUGAAAAAUUUCAGUAGCAAUGUAACUCUGUAGAUAUUCCUUCCUUCUCACUAUGGCAAGAGUAAUAGUUUUUAUAUAGCCAGCUACUGAAAAUUUUACAAUUGGAGAAAUAGUGAAAUAAUUUGAUUGUAUGGUUUUCAGUAUUUCGGUGAAGGCUUUUGUUUUAAUACACUUAAUUGUUCUUAAUAAGAUAUAUGACAUACAUGUGUUAUACCUUUACAAUAUAUGAGGAGACACACUUAUAGACUUACGUGGUAGCUUUGGUGGUUAAUUAGGGAAACAAAUUACAACAAAGAUGUCUUUGGUUUCCUUCCCAGCUGUUCACUUUUAAGGCCUAGAAAUAGGAAAAAGUGUAGUUUGUCAUCAGCUAAUAAACAAUUAAAAAUAUUCACAAGAUGAGAGUGCAUACUCACAUCUAUGUAUAGAAAAUAUGUACUUAAAGGGAAGAUGUGGAAACAGAAGUAACAGUGGUAUCAAAAGGAACAGAAAUUUCCAUGUUUGCUUUUUUCAUCUCUCAGGAAGUGAUGACAAAGGAAAUGAAAAGUGAAACAAUACAAACAAGAUCACAGUCACAACCUAGAAAUUAAGAAUGGUAUUUUUAUUAUAUUAGAAAGGAAGUCAUGCAAUGAUACAUUGAAUUUUUUUGAGUAACCGAACUAUAGAUUCUGAGUUGAGCUUUCCCUUCUGGUACAUUUUUGGUGUAUUUACCUUUUCAUCCUUUCCCUCUCCCCUCAUUUCCUGUUCAUGGACAAUACCAAAUCCUUGAAACUUGCACUGGUUUUGGUGCCAAUGUCAGGUGCACUUUGAUGUGUUUACAGUAAGUACAACUUUUUCAAUAUUAAUCAGUUUGUUUCUUAUGUUUAAUUACUAGUUUUAAGCUGCAUGUGUUAAUCAGUUCAACAAUAAGCUAAUUUUAUCAAAUAAUUACAAUUUUAUAUAACAAAGAGACUGAAAGGAGACACUGUUGUCCAAGGGUUCAGUGAGAACUUAUUGCUUAGCCAUAGCAAUUUCUGAUCCACUGUGCUAUUUUGUCCUCCAUUUAUAUUACAACUUCAUUUUCUCUGAUUCCAUAAUCUUAACAUUUAUAUCAAAUAUAGUUACUGUAAUUAUUAAUGUCUGACAAUCCUUCAAAGCUUAAUAAAUUCUCAUUUUUCUUCCAUGCUAUAACAUUUCUAUUAUUUGCUUUUUGAUGUAACACACUAGUUUUUGGAAACAAUCCUAGAUCUAUUCCCUUACACAGAUUGUUGGCAUAAAACAGAUUGUUGUCAUACAUCAUGUUGUGAAGAGUGGUUCAGUGAUGCUUUCCUUCUUUCUUGUAUACAACAGUAUAAUUAAGAACUGAUAAUUGUGGUGUAUGUAGGUUAAUGCAUAAGAAUGACUGCCAAUUUCUCUGUCUUAAAUAGAUAGCCUGUUUCAUAUGCAUGAUCUAAAUAUUAACGGAUUCAUUUACAGGUGAAAAUGUGCCUAGCAAAAGUUACCAUGAGUAUUAUUACCUGCUAGUCAUAUGAACCAUAACUUAACAUUUUUUGUAAGUGUGUUUUAUGCAUGUAACACACACUCAUCUUAUAUUGUGAUAUAUGCACAUGUAACGGAAUUUUCAAAAUGAAAUAACAGUCUAAUAA